AGGCGGUUUGUAUCCGGGCUGUGAGGUGCUGGGAGCCUCCGCGGACCUUGCUGUUGCCGCUGUCUCUUUAACGGGAGAGGAAGCGAUGCGGAGGGGUGGAAAAUGGCAGAGCUGCAGAUGUUACUAGAGGAGGAAAUCCCGUCCGGCAAGAGAGCGCUGAUUGAGAGUUACCAGAACCUGACCCGGGUAGCGGACUACUGUGAAAACAACUACAUACAGGCUACAGACAAGAGAAAAGCUUUAGAAGAGACCAAAGCCUAUACAACCCAAUCCCUAGCUAGCGUCGCUUAUCAAAUAAAUGCAUUGGCUAACAAUGUGCUCCAACUGCUGGACAUCCAAGCCUCUCAGCUCCGGAGAAUGGAGUCUUCCAUCAAUCAUAUCUCACAGACUGUGGACAUUCAUAAAGAAAAAGUGGCUCGAAGAGAGAUUGGUAUUUUGACAACAAAUAAGAAUACAUCAAGAACUCACAAAAUAAUAGCACCUGCGAACAUGGAGCGACCUGUAAGGUAUAUUCGGAAACCUAUUGACUAUACAGUUCUGGAUGAUGUGGGCCACGGUGUCAAGUGGCUAAAAGCCAAGCAUGGAAAUAACCAGCCUGCAAGAACUGGCACACUGUCGAGAACAAAUCCUCCUACUCAGAAACCACCGAGUCCUCCCAUGUCAGGCAGGGGAACGCUGGGACGAAAUACUCCUUACAAAACCCUCGAGCCUGUUAAACCUCCAACAGUUCCUAAUGAUUACAUGACAAGUCCUGCGAGGCUGGGAAGUCAACAUAGUCCAGGCAGGACGGCUUCUUUAAAUCAGAGACCGAGGACACACAGUGGAAGCAGUGGAGGAAGUGGCAGCCGAGAGAACAGUGGCAGCAGCAGUAUUGGCAUUCCCAUCGCCGUGCCUACACCCUCACCACCCACCAUUGGACCAGAAAACAUUUCUGUCCUCCCUCCUUCUGGAGCUCCACCAGCACCACCUCUUCCACCUCCCCUCCCCGCGAACACUGUGAUAGCAGCCCCGGGCUCAGCUCCUGGUUCCCAGUAUGGCACAAUGACCAGGCAGAUUUCUCGGCACAACUCUACCACUUCCUCGACAUCUUCUGGUGGAUACAGACGGACUCCCUCUGUGACGGCUCAGUUUUCUGCUCAGCCUCAUGUUAAUGGAGGUCCACUUUAUUCUCAGAAUUCAAUUUCUAUUGCUCCACCCCCUCCCCCUAUGCCUCAGUUGACUCCACAGAUACCUCUCACAGGCUUCGUGGCCAGGGUGCAGGAAAACAUUGCUGAUAGUCCAACUCCACCACCACCACCUCCACCAGACGACAUCCCAAUGUUUGACGACUCGCCACCUCCGCCACCUCCGCCGCCAGUGGAUUAUGAAGAUGAGGAGGCCGCAGUAGUUCAGUAUAACGACCCAUAUGCAGAUGGCGAUCCUGUUUGGGCCCCCAAGAAUUAUAUUGAGAAAGUUGUGGCAAUAUACGAUUAUACAAAAGACAAGGAUGAUGAGCUGUCAUUUAUGGAGGGUGCAAUCAUCUAUGUAAUAAAGAAAAACGACGAUGGCUGGUAUGAAGGAGUCUGCAAUCGAGUGACUGGUCUUUUCCCAGGAAACUAUGUGGAAUCAAUCAUGCACUAUACUGAUUAAAUUUUUGCUUUUAAAGUAGAUUCUUAUUAUCACUCAGUCAUACUGUGGGACUAUUAUGGUUAACAGAAUUGUCUUAAAAUGUUUUAAAAUGUGCCCAUAUUUUCAGAACAUGCUGUUUUAUUGGUAUAAUUGAAUGUCUACUUAUAAGCAUAAAUCUCUGAGGCAGUUUGUGGAUUGCUGAGCAGCAUUCUACACGAGGCUGCCUGUCACGGAUUAUGCUUACAUACUUACACAUUGUUAACUUGCUGACCAGCCUAAAUAUUCUGGGGGUGUGGGGUCUAUUUAAUAAAUCGUGAUUCAGAUCGUGCCAUCACAUGUCUCAGUGCAGCAUGGUUACUAACGCUCUGUCAGACUAAUACUAAAAAUCAGAAAACUUAAAUGCUGGUGCUGGUCAUACUUUUUGUUUAGACUCUCUCAUUCUUGAAAUAUACUGUUUGUUUAAAGCAUGCAUACAAAUUUAUCUAUUGAAAUAUACUUUAAAAAAAUCCAAGAUGCUUCCAAUUUGUGUAAUACUUGGAGUACUCGUACUUAGGUCUCUUGAAAUGAACUGAGUCUGAGUUCUCCACGUAAAACAAAAACAAAGGGUUACCUGUAAUGUUGUAAUUUGUACCUAAGUUUUUAAAUCAGUGAAUUUGCAUUAUAAAUUUUUUCCAUUCAUAAAUACGUAAGUGAA